AUAUAUAUACGUAUAUAUAUAUAUAUAUAUAUAUAUAUAUAUAUAUAUAUAUACACAUUACCAUUUGUAAAAAAGAAAAAAAAGGAAGACGAAAUGAAAAGAAGACAGAAAAUAGGUUUGAGAAACAAUGUGUGUACGCGUGCAUGUCUUUAAACCCGAUUGUUUCCACUGUCCUAUAACAAAAUUUAGCUCGUGUUAAGAAAAGAAUUUAAUUCAAUUUCCGCGUUUCUUAUGCCGGAAAAAUAACGGAGCUAAGUAAGUAGGGUCUCUAAUCAGGACGUUACAAAUAACGUUGAUGAAUUUCUUCUCGACAAACUUUCUUCAAUUACGAAAGUUAUCUACAAGAAUCUACAAACGAGUUGGUACUUAUAUAUACGUAAUCUUCAGUCAACAACCAGCCAACCAGUCAACCACCCAACCAACCAACCAACCAACCAACCAGCUAGCCAACCAGCCAGCUAGUUAACUAAAACGCAUCCUCUAAUUUCAUGCUAACGACUUCAUUACAAGAGGUAGAUAAUUCCACUAGAAGAAAUAAUAUAUUUUAUAUGAGGAGGGACACGUAAUUUUAACACUCAUGUCGACGACACAUAAUCCAUCUCUCCAAUUAAACCGGAAGAUAUUUACGUGAAGAAAAAAAGAAAGAAAGAAAGAGAAAAGAAAAGAAAAGAAAAAAAAAGAAAUAGAAAGUAAUUAGUAGAGGACACUAUAAAAAAGAAAAAAAAAGAAUUGUGAGGAAGCGUCAUAGUAGUAGUUUUACGUCACUCAAGGAUACGCUUUGUUAAUACGCUAACACUCUUUUCCUGUACUCUCCGUGAACGAUUAUCUCAAGAUAUCUAAAAAGUGAUCGGACAAAAGAAUAAGUCGAUCUAUCUAACGAUCGUUAACUUAGACGGUGAAAGUUAUCAUAGAUUGUAAAGAGAGAGAAAAAAAACGAUUUCUACGAUCAUUCGAUUCAAUUUUUAUAAUCUAGUUUUCGUCAAAUCGAUACGUGUAGACGUUUGUGUGUGUGUGUGUGUGUGUGUGUGUGUGUAUGCAUUAAUUUCGAUGAUACGUAACGAACAUGCAACCUUGAACUUGAAAAAUAUGGCAGAAGUAAAGGAGACCGAGGUCACGGUUCAUUAAAUGGCGUCAUGGUCCAGCUAAAACUCACAAUUGGAUUAACUGGGGAAAGUGGCGAUGAUUGGACACUUUCUCUAUGUACGUAUUUUCUAUAUUACCGAUAGACGUAGGAAACAAUUAUUACAAUAUGUUCGAUCGAACGACCGACGAACGUGAUCAACCUUUCUCCAUCGUUAAACACAUUAUCGUUAGACGAUAGUAAAAAGUUACUUCUCGAGAAAGACCAUUAAAUAUCGUUACAAACAAUUAUACGAAGUUAAGGAAUGUUGUUGCAAAAAGAAGAAAACAAUCAAAAACGAAGUCACGCCGCUAUCGAAAAGAAAGUGAAUUUUUGACGAAGAAAUAACGAAAAAAAAAGAAUGAAAUCCGGGUUCGGACCAAUUUCAAUGGCGAUCGACGUUAACGAGACCGAUCAUAAUUGCUUGAUCAUGCAAUAUGAAGAAUAUCUUUUGCUACCUGUUACUAAAUCGAAUAUUUUAUCUACGCAAUAUCCUUCGUCCUACUCAAAUGUCAAAGGGAUGUGGUAUAUCGAAUCGUGCCGGUCGUUGGACAAGUGUUUCGUUAAUAAAUCUAACUGCAUUAGAAAGUACGAGGAGGAAAACCAACGUUUCGUUAUUUAUCCGAACGAGAAAAGUAACUAUAAUAAUAUUACAAAAAAAAAAAAGAAGAAAAAGAAGAAGAAAAAUGCAGCAGGUUUUUCAGCCUGUGGUUUAGAUGUACCGUUUCACGGCCGUGUACGACGGGUCGCCUAUUGUCAGGAGCAGACAAGUGGUCUUGAAGAAGAGAGAAAUGAGUUGGACGGGAUAAGAGGAACGAAGAGAGGGAAGGUCCAGUGAAGAAAAAUCUUUGCUGGUGAGUGAGUCAUCUUCGAGAUAAACCAGUUCGUUACGCGUGAUAUGAUGAAUAAUGUAUUCAGGAUGAGAAUCGGUGCAUUUCUAUCGAGUAUGGACGCGCUACUCGAAGUAUCAAGGACGAAUAUAUAGAUGACGCCAUGGCUGAUGGCAAUCUUUUGUCUGGCGACAGCAGGCUGUACGAACGUUACGGAUCAGCAAACAUCGGAAACUACUCACAAUCAUCAAGUGGCUAUCUUGAAACAGAUCAGGAAGGUCAACGAAGACGGCUCGUAUACUUAUGGAUACGAGGCUGGCGAUGGAUCAUUCAAGGUCGAGACCCGCGACGUUCUAGGCAACAUCAAGGGUACGUUCGGUUUCGUCGACGCCGAGGGUGAAAUAAAGAGGGUCUCGUAUUCGUCCUCUAACGGAACGGGCUUUAAAGCGACGACCGUAUCGCCAUUACAGGAACACAUAUCGGUGGUCCAGAGUAUACCACGUGUCAAUCGUACCAGUAGUAGCAGUAGCAGUAGCAGCAGCAGCAGCAGCAGCAGCAGCAGCAGCAGCAGUAGCAGUAGUACCAACAGUAAUAGCGGUAGUACGACGACGACAAAGAGGCCUAACAUAAUGUACGUUUCAACGGAAGCUUCGACCAAGUCGUCGGUCGUCCAAUCGAUUCCAAGAACGAGGAAGACAGCGACGACGUCUACGACGAGCACAACGACCCAAAGUACGAGUACCGAAUCGGCAAAAAAUAUAUUCAGUCAUUAUUUAAAAGGUAAUAACAAAAGUAGACCUCGUUUCGUGAUAAACGGUCAACAGAGACCGAUCGGAGUCGAGGAAGAUCCCGAGGAUAGCGAGGAUUCGCAAAUAAAUCGUCCGAGUAUUGAAGAGAGAAACAGUGGCUAUCGUAGAAUCUUAUUCGCGAAACGUCCUGUCGAACAAAAUUUAAGACCUAUAACCGAGGAUUUCGUUGAGAAGGAUGACGAUCCUAAAAUAUCGACUGGUAAUAAUUUAAGACGUCAACUUCACGACGAUACCACGAAAACGAGUGGUAUCUCUUCGGGGGAUAACAACAACGGCAACAACAACGAUGAACAUUCCGAUGUUUACGGUGGUGCUUUGUCGACGACACGACCUUUAUUUACAACUACUACUCCACCUAGAGUUAUUCAGCGUAUUCCAGGGACGCGUCUCGAUAGACCUAAGAUAUACGUCAAUCGAGAAAAUCUAGGACCUGCUAGAUUCGACGAACCCAAAUACGAAGGUCCUAGAGUCUACGAGCCUGAAGCUAAGUCUACUCUCGAGGAACAAACGUCUGCUCAACCGAUUCUGAUUCGUGGACCAGCAAGAAUACCCGUUGAAAAUAGAGAUUAUCUUAGACAGACGACAGAGCCGAUUUUCGUACGUGGACAGGGUGAAUCAUACGUUCGAGAGUUACAACCAAGAGUUUUGGUAACUGGCCAACAAAAUAAUAUCGAAGAAGAGCCAGCGUAUCGACAGAUUCCGAUCGGUAGAAUUUUGUAUAGACCUGUUACGACUCAGCAACAACUGUACAGUACCACUACCGAUCCAAACGUUCAUUACUUAGCCGACAAUCCUACGGUCGAAACAGACGACGAGUCGAGAUUACCGAUCAAUCAGAAUUACGUUAGACCAAGACCUUAUCCAAGACCAUUGAUCUAUCAAGAAUUGGAAGCAAGGACUAGACCGAUCGUCAGACCUAUUCCUCAAUCACCAACCCCGACUCAUCAUAUCGAUGAUCGGGAAUAUCAACAGACCACACCCGAUUACGUCUAUCGUACAACCCCAAUAGCUUUACCACCGGAACCACCAAAUCCGAUAGCACCUCCUUUAAGUCGACGAGAUUUCCAAAUGUUACUUAGACGUCUAUUGGUCAGUCAAUACGGUGUACAAGCUCUAACAUAUCCAAAAACUUAUCUGGAGGAUGCACUUUACGAUCAACAACCUUAUCCUUCUUAUCAAUCGGGAUACCAAACUCCUGUUCCAAGGCCUGACCUUUCUUACGAUCAACAAGUAACCAUGCAAUAUGGCGAUCGUGUUCCAUUGAGACGUCCAGCUUACACGAGAGGAUUGAAUCCGCUUUAUCAAUCACCGCAUCAAUACGACGACUAUCAGGAUAGCAGAUUUACCGCUAAACGUGUUUACAGACAAAAGUUUUAUACGCAAGAGAUUACAGACGACGGGGACGAGAUUCUACCAGCACCUAUCAGAGAGGCAUUACUAUUGAGAAUGCUUCAAUUAGCUAUUAACGCUGAACGGCCAGGCGUUGUACAAAAUACGAUGAUUAGUAGUACGACAACUCCAACUUCGAGAUACAGGAAGACAGGUCCUGUCAGAAGCGUUCAAAUUAUUACCGACGAAUCUGACGAAGACAAGGACGUCAUGAACAAGAAGAUGUAACUCUCGUUUUUAUUUUUUUUUUCCUCCUUUUUUUUUCUUUUUCCUUUUUUUCCUUCCAAUGUGUCGUUUUUAAGUGGAUACUCCAUUUCUUUUUCUUUCUUUUUUUUUUUUUUCUUCUUUUCUAACGAUCUACGCAGCACCUCCUCCUCGCCCUCCCACCCACCCUCCUCACAUCCUCGAUUGAUUAGAGAAGUGAGAAUAAUAAUAGAACGAUAAGAUUUCGAUCGAAUUAAUAUUCAAUAAAUCAAACGUUCGUUUAUCGAACGAAUAAGUAUUAUAUUAUAGUAUCAGUAGAUAACAUUUAGAAUUUAAUUCUAUCUUUUUAAUGUUAGAAAGAUUAUUUAUAACGAUUAGACGUGCAAUCGUGUCGAGUACGAUUAUGUUAUUUUCAUCCAAAGAUUGUCUGUCUGUCUCUCUCUCUCUCUCUCUCUCUCUCUCUCU